GUUCUUGUAAAUACUGCGUGCUGUGUUUUGAUGUUGGUGGCUAAACUUAUCCAGUGUAUUGUGUUUGGUCCUCUUCGAGUGAGUGAGAGGCAGCACCUCAAAGACAAGUUCUGGAAUUUUAUUUUCUACAAGUUCAUUUUUAUUUUCGGCGUGCUGAACGUCCAGACAGUGGAAGAGGUGGUCAUGUGGUGCCUCUGGUUUGCCGGACUUGUAUUUCUGCAUCUGAUGGUCCAGCUCUGCAAGGACCGAUUUGAAUAUCUCUCCUUUUCACCUACCACACCGAUGAGCAGCCACGGCCGAGUCCUGUCGCUGCUGGUCGCGAUGCUGCUUUCCUGCUGCGGGUUGGCAGUGGUCUGCUGCGUCACCGGCUACACCCACGGGAUGCACACCUUGGCCUUCAUGGCUGCAGAGUCUCUUCUUGUGACAGUGAGGACUGCUCAUGUGAUUUUACGAUACGUAAUUCACCUCUGGGACCUCAACCACGAGGGCACCUGGGAAGGAAAGGGAACGUAUGUCUACUACACAGAUUUUGUCAUGGAGCUCACUCUCCUGUCCUUGGACCUCAUGCACCAUAUUCACAUGUUGUUAUUUGGCAACAUCUGGUUAUCCAUGGCCAGCCUGGUCAUCUUUAUGCAGCUGCGUUACCUGUUUCAUGAGGUCCAGCGUCGGAUCCGUCGGCACAAGAACUAUCUGCGUGUCGUUGGGAACAUGGAAGCCAGGUUUGCAGUUGCAACUCCAGAGGAGCUGGCUGUCAAUAAUGAUGACUGUGCAAUCUGCUGGGACUCCAUGCAGGCUGCGAGGAAACUGCCCUGUGGACAUCUUUUCCACAACUCCUGUCUUCGUUCCUGGCUAGAACAAGACACCUCCUGCCCGACAUGCAGAAUGUCUCUCAAUAUUGCCGACAAUAAUCGGGUCAGGGAAGACCAUCAAGGAGAGAACCUGGAUGAGAAUUUGGUUCCUGUAGCAGCAGCCGAAGGCAGACCUCGCUUAAACCAGCACAAUCACUUUUUCCACUUCGAUGGGUCUCGGAUUGCAAGUUGGCUGCCCAGUUUUUCUGUGGAAGUGAUGCACACCACCAACAUUCUUGGCAUUACCCAGGCCAGCAACUCUCAGCUUAAUGCAAUGGCUCAUCAGAUUCAGGAGAUGUUUCCUCAGGUUCCGUACCACCUCGUGCUGCAGGACCUGCAGCUCACACGCUCAGUUGAAAUUACAACAGACAACAUUUUAGAAGGACGGAUUCAAGUUUUUUUCCCUACACAGCGGUCAGAUAGCAUUAGACCUGCAUUGAACAGUCCUGUGGAAAGGUCAAACCAUGACCAGGAAGAAGGAGAAGCUUCUACUCAGACUGAGCGAGUGCCACUGGACCUCAGUCCCCGCCUGGAGGAGACAAUGGACUUUGGUGAGGUGGAGGUGGAGCCCAGCGAGCUGGAAGACUUCGAGGCUCGGGGCAGCCGCUUCUCCAAAUCUGCAGACGAGAGGCAGCGCAUGUUGGUGCAGCGCAAGGAUGACCUCCUGCAGCAAGCUCGGAAACGUUUCUUGAACAAAAGUUCUGAAGAUGACACGGCCUCAGAGAGCUUCCGCUCUUCAGAAGGCACGUCCUCUGACCCUGUGACCCUGCGUCGAAGGAUGCUGGCCGCCGCCGCUGAACGGAGACUUCAGAAGCAGCAGACCUCCUAGCGCUUCCUCCUCGUCCCUCGGCCGCCUCUCCUCAGCCCUGUGCCUGCCAGGAAGAGGCCUGUCCCGUUCUGCCUGCCGUGUGAAGAAGCGGGCUUGACUGCAUUGCCGCUGUAUAAAGCAUGUGGUCUUAAUAGUGUUUGGACAGCUGAAAAAUUUAAUCCUUCUUUGUAAUACUUUCUAUGUGACAUUUCUCUUCCCCUUAGAAAUACUGCACAUUUUAACUCUAGGCAUGAUCUCUUCUGGCGUGGACUGGACUUCCUGGGGGUGGGCACAGCCAAGAGGAAGCGGGCCCCCCUGCCUGCAGCAGGCCGCUGGGACUGCCGCCUUAUGCAUAAGUCACCACAGAUGCUGGUGUCCUUAGCUCCUUAGCUGGCAGGAGGAGUGCGCGUUGGGGGAGACGCGUAACGAGCAGUGAGGAGACACGCAGAGGGAGCCCGCGCCACACGGGGACAGCUGUCAGACCUUAGCAAGCCUGCGCCCUCAGUGCUCCGGAGGCCAGCCCCACAGGCUCCAGGGCCACCAGGCUGCAGGCAUUUUGUAAGAACUCCUGGUGAAGUGCUUGGAGCAGAGGAGGGCGAGCCCAGGGCUGCGGUGUGAGGAGGAGACCCCUUUAUGUCCCAUGCCAUCCGGGACUGACUUUCGGAGCGUCCAGUCCUCGGCUGAUGGGAUUUCCGUUAACUCUGGUGCUCCUGCAUCUCACGAGGUCCUGGUGUCUCUUUCCUCUCUGUGUUCCCUUGCCACCCCUGGACGUGGGAAAGGGUUAAGCCGCAAGCUUUGGUUUUUGGUUUAAGUCCCUGGUCAAGUUAAUUAGGCAAUGCCAAAGCCUGUGCGUUUGGUCCUUGGCAAAGGCCCUUGUAAGAUGGGAGAAUAAAUUUUAGAGGGCUUUACCGAAGAAACUUUUGUAUCUUUCUUCCCUGGAGCCCUUCAUUUUCAUAACUUUGUUCCUGUUGGUUUAAUUAAACAUAGAAAGGUAAGAGGUUGAAUCCAUAUGCUUUGGAACAGACCCAGGUCCUGAAUCUUUUCAAAUUGUUCACAUAUUUAACUCUGAGGAUUUGAAACAUGCAAUCAUAGGUCCGUAGUUCAGUUUUACGCCCCACUGGAUUAAGGUUUUUAUUAAUGUUUGAAAGCAUACUUUUAUGGUAGUCCUUUUGAGAAGAAUCCAGUAUUACCUAAAAUUAUUGGCAAAGUUAAAUGUAUUUUA